GCUCCCGCGCCGCCCGUCGCGGACUCGUCCUUGCCGCUGCCGCUGCGUCUCCGUCCGCCUCUGCUCCUGGGCCGCACCCGGGCCGCCAGACCGCAGCCAUGAGCGUGCUCCGUCCGGAUCGAGCCCGCUGCCCUCUAGAUUAGUUGCCACUGUCCCCGGACCCGCCUGCACGAUGGAAUCCCCCGCCUCAAGCCAACCUGCUGGCAUACCCCAGUCCAAAGGAAAAUCCAAGAGGAAGAAGGAUUUACAUAUUUCCUGUGUGUCCAAGCCAACCGUGCCCAACCCCACCCCCCCCAGGAACCUUGACUCCCGGGCCUUCAUUACCAUUGGAGACAGGAACUUUGAGGUAGAGGCCGAUGACCUGGUGACGAUCUCAGAGCUGGGGCGCGGAGCCUACGGGGUGGUGGAGAAAGUACGGCACGCCCCGAGCGGCACCAUCAUGGCUGUCAAGCGGAUCCGGGCCACCGUGAACUCCCAGGAGCAGAAGCGUCUGCUUAUGGACUUGGAUGUGAACAUGCGCACAGUUGACUGCUUCUACACCGUCACCUUCUAUGGGGCCCUCUUCAGAGAGGGAGAUGUGUGGAUCUGCAUGGAGCUCAUGGACACGUCCCUGGACAAGUUCUACCGUAAGGUGCUUGACAAAAGCAUGACGAUUCCGGAGGACAUUCUGGGAAAGAUUGCUGUGUCGAUCGUGAGGGCGCUGGAGCACCUGCACAGCAAGCUGUCCGUGAUCCACAGAGAUGUAAAGCCAUCUAAUGUCCUCAUCAACAAGGAGGGGCAUGUGAAGAUGUGUGACUUUGGGAUCAGCGGCUACUUGGUGGACUCCGUGGCCAAGACGAUGGACGCUGGCUGCAAGCCCUACAUGGCCCCUGAGAGAAUCAACCCGGAGCUGAACCAGAAGGGCUACAACGUGAAGUCCGACGUCUGGAGCCUCGGCAUCACCAUGAUCGAAAUGGCGAUCCUGCGGUUUCCUUACGGGUCCUGGGGGACCCCGUUCCAGCAGCUGAAGCAGGUGGUGGAGGAGCCUUCCCCCCAGCUCCCAGCCGACCAAUUCUCUCCCGAGUUUGUGGACUUCACCGCACAAUGCCUGAGGAAGAGCCCCGCAGAGCGCAUGAGCUACCUGGAGCUGAUGGAGCACCCUUUCUUCACCUUGCACAAAACCAAGAAGACAGACAUCGCUGCUUUUGUGAAGGAGAUCCUGGGAGAGGACUCAUAGGGCAGGGCCCUCCAGCAGCCCAGAGCCUCCUCGGCUGGGGCCGUGCUCGCCCGCGCCCGCGCGUGGCUGCCACCCUGGCCUGGCCAUUCUGGGAGGAGUCGUAGGGGCUGGUCCCAAGUGCCAAAGAACCAGACUGUCCGGACUUCGGCCGGGCCCCCGCGGGCCCCACCAGGGCCUCUGUCCUGCUGCUCCGAGGACCCCAAGUCUUCGGCCCCCAAGACCCUGGACUUGGAGGGGCCUGGAUGUCCACACCAGAUGUUGCUGCCCCUCACAGAGAAGGCGGCUGGUGCCUGUGCCCCGGCUGCCGCCUUGGCCCAGCUGUGGAUGCCACCCGAGCUGUAUGUUUUGUUUUGUGUCUUGACUGAAUGGACUUUGCGCACUUUGGCCCCAGGCGCCACAUUCUGUCCGGCAUUGGCAGUGGGGACUCGGGGGGGAGGCCCACGAGUCCUCUCGAGCACCCCCACGAUGGAGACGCCAGAGCGCGUCGAGGCCCCCUCCGGCGCUGGCCAGAGGGCCGCGGGGGCUGCCCAGCGGCCUCGGCUCUGCCUGUCGCCUCUAGGGGUGUCGCUUCACUUUUUUUUUAAAACUUAUCUUUUUGGGUUUUUUUCUUUUUCUUUUUGCUUUGUGAGUUUGGCUGUUCCUUUUUUUUUUUUGCAUGUUUUUUUUUUUUUGCCACCCCUCAGGGACCAGCAGGCCAAGACCCACCCUCUCUGCUUAGCAGGGUCUAGGGGGAUGGGCUCAAAGUCUCUGCUCAGAGAGAUGCUCUCGGUGGGGACUGGCUGGACAGAUUAUGGAUUUGGUUUUAUUGUCCUUGUGUGUGUGUGUGUGUGUGUGUGUGUGUAAAAUUUUCUUUCUUUUUUUUUUGAAGAAAGGAUUGUCUAUCUUGGGUCCUAUCCCUGAUGGGUUGGGGCAGUUACCUGAUUGCUGUUUUAAUUAAAAAAGGAAAAAAAAAAAGCAGCCCAGAAGCUUGUGUGAGACUCGCAGUGGUAAGCCUGGUCCUCGGCGGGGGCCUGCGGCC